GCGACGGCUGCCUUGCUAGUUAUUGUUUGCUGAGAGCAAGUAAGAGCAGUGAGGAGGCUGAAGUUUAUUCAGAGCAAGGCGGAGAGACUGGUGGUUUGCUUGUACAGCCUAGAGGACAUCUGCUUCUGCAACAGAUGACAAACACCUGUAUGCAGAUCCCUCCUGUGCAGCCAUAUAUGGAAAGUGGAGAAUCGGCUUAUAGCUGAGGCACAAGGCAAAGUUCACCUGCUGUAAAGAGAAAGAAAGACCUUCUUUGCAGUAAGCAGCUCCCUCACCGACUCCUGCUGCACCUUCUCACAGACAGAUCAACGGGCCACCAUUUAACCAAUCAACACCAGGUUCAUUACAGAAAGUGACAACAUGCCGGAAGUCAAAACCAAAGUUUCAAAAGUACUCAACAAGACCACCCCCGGCUUGCAGAUAUGGAGGAUAGAGGACAUGGCGAUGGUCCCUGUCCCUCCAAAAUCCUAUGGGAACUUCUUUGAAGGAGACAGCUACAUCCUUUUAUCAACUCACAAAACUGGCAAUAAUUUCAGAUAUGAUAUUCACUACUGGCUGGGCAAAGUCUCCUCUCAGGAUGAGCAGGGAGCGGCUGCCAUCUACACCACCCAGAUAGACGAUCACCUGGGAGGGGUGGCUGUGCAGCACCGGGAGGUGCAGGGCAGUGAGAGUCAGACCUUCAGGGGGUACUUCAAACAAGGCAUCAUCUACAAACAGGGUGGGGUAGCCUCUGGAAUGAAGCAUGUGGAAACCAACACCUACAAUAUCAAGCGCCUGCUGCAUGUCAAAGGCAAAAAGCAUGUGGUUGCAGGAGAGGUUGAGGUGAGCUGGAACAGCUUCAAUAAGGGUGAUGUGUUCCUGCUCGACCUGGGGAAUGGGAUCAUUCAGUGGAACGGACCCGAAAGCAACCGCAUGGAGAGAAUCAAGGGGAUGAACCUGGCUAAGGAUAUCCGAGAUCGCGAGCGUGGCGGGCGGGCGAAGGUGGCAGUGGUGGAUGGGGAGAACGAGAGAGACUCCCCGGAGCUGAUGAAACUCCUGAAUGAAGUUCUCGGGGUGAGGAAGGACAUUAAGGCAGCCAUCCCCGAUGAUGUGGUCGAUCACAAGCUGAAAACAGCUGUCAAGCUCUUCCAUGUUUCUGACACAGACGGGAAUCUGGUGGUGCAGGAAGUUGCUGUGAGUCCUCUAACGCAGGACCUUCUGAAUCAUGACGAUUGCUACCUCUUAGACCAGGGUGGGAUCAAGAUCUUCGUGUGGAAAGGGAAGAAUGCUUCCAAGAAGGAGAGGUCAGAAUCCUUGGUUAGGGCACAGGAUUAUAUAAAAGCAAAAGGCUAUCCAUCUUCCACCAAUGUGGAAACUGUGAAUGAUGGCUCAGAGUCUGCUAUCUUUAAACAGCUCUUCCAGAAGUGGACAGUGAAGGGACUAACAGUGGGCACUGGAAGUACACAUAGUGUGGGAAAGAUUGCUAAAGUGGAGCUGGUCAAGUUUGAUGCAAUGUCCAUGCAUGCAAAGCCAGAGGUGGCAGCGCAACAGAGGAUGGUGGAUGAUGGAACAGGAGAAGUGGAGGUGUGGAGGAUAGAGAACCUGGAGCCCGUCCCUGUGGAGAAAAAAUGGCUGGGCCAUUUCUACGGAGGCGACUGCUACCUCAUUCUAUACAAAUACCUGGUCAACAACAAAGAGCACUACAUUUUAUACGUCUGGCAGGGUCGCAAAGCCAGUCAGGACGAGAUCACUGCCUCAGCCUUCCAGGCUGUGAUACUUGAUCAGAAAUACAAUGGGCAGCCUGUUCAAGUCAGAGUACCAAUGGGCAAGGAGCCCCCUCAUCUGAUGGCUGUCUUCAGGGGAAAGAUGGUGGUUUAUGAGGGCGGUACCUCCCGGAGUGGAGCCACAGAACCAGAGCCAGCUGUGAGGCUCUUCCAUGUGCACGGAACCAACGAGCACAACACUCGCUCCAUUGAGGUGCCUGCCCGCGCCUCCUCUCUCAACUCCAAUGACGUCUUUGUGCUCAAAUCUGACUCCUGCUGCUACCUCUGGUAUGGGAAGGGCUGCAGUGGGGAUGAGCGAGAGAUUGCAAAAACUAUGGCUGACAUCAUCUCCAAGAGAGAGAAGCUGGUUAUUUCUGAAGGUCAGGAGCCUGCAGAUUUUUGGGUAACCUUGGGUGGAAAAUGCCAGUACGCCAACAAUAAAAGGCUUCAAGAGGAGCAGCUUGACAUCACUCCCCGCCUCUUUGAGUGCUCCAAUCAGACAGGGCGAUUUGUUGCCACAGAGAUAACAAGCUUUAAUCAGGAUGACCUGGAUGAAGAUGACGUGAUGCUGCUUGACACUUGGGACCAGGUGUUCCUGUGGUUGGGCAAAGGGGCCAAUGAGACAGAGAGGAAGGAAGCUGUGACUACAGCACAGGAGUACCUGAUAACUCACCCAGGAGACAGGGACUCCAGAACCCCCAUCAUCCUGGUCAAGCAGGGCUUCGAGCCCCCUACCUUCACUGGCUGGUUCCUGGCCUGGGAUCCCCACAGGUGGAGUGAUGGGAAAUCCUAUGAGGAGUUGAAGGCAGAGCUGGGGGACGUCAGCACCAUUGUGGAAAUCACAGCGAACCUGCCUCUGAAAAAUUCUAAACAGGAGAACCUGGCAGUGCAGCUGGGCCCCCUGCCAACCUUCCCCGCUGAGCAGCUGGUCAACCGCCAGGCUGAGGAGCUUCCUGAAGGAGCAGAUCCAUCCAGGAAGGAGGAGCACCUUUCAAAUGAAGACUUUGCUGAAAUUUUCGGAAUGUCCCGUCCUUCGUUCUGGGCCCUGCCUCACUGGAAACAGCAGAACCUGAAGAAAGAAAAGGGUCUUUUCUAGAAAAUAUAUAUACGUAGAAAUGAAAAUAUACAUACGUAGAUAUGAAAAUAUACAUACGUAGAUAUGAAAAUAUAUAUACGUAGAUAUGAUUUUGCUAAUUUGUUUUCCAAGGGCAGAUGUCUUUAAAAGGCCAAUACCAUGCCAUGCUCUAUUGUUCUGUUAGAGUGCCUCCAUAGGGAAUAGGAAGAUUUCCUUUAGAAACCGUAUCAUUGGUCACCCCUUUAUUGUGAUGGAAGUCUUUUGUCCCUUUGUUUUACAAAAAUAUAGUUAAAAAAGGACCAUGCUUCCUGGUACUCAAUUAUUUCCUGUGUGUUGCAGCUAAUUGAGUUGGACCAUUGGAAUAUACUGUAGAUCAGAAACAAACUUUUAAUUAGUAUUUGAAAUAUCCUGAAUUAAAGUAGAACCAACCAGGAAAGAACCAAAAGACUCUCAAAACAAAAAAGGGGUAACCUGUCACAAUCAUUUAUAUGAUCUACAAUCAUUUUAUACACAGACAGCUGAACUCAGAAUCGAACACUCCUUUUUUACUAAUUAGUUAUUUCCUUACAGCUCUCAAUUAAAUGCGAAAUGUGUUCCAGAACAGAAGUUUGCUUGUUGUUUCAGUGUACUGUAUGUACAGCACUAUAAAUUCCUGGUAUCUGAUCAUUUCCUGUGCUGUAAGUUCCAGUUAUACAGAUCCAUUGGAGUAAAUCUCCUGGCUUAAAGGAAUGAGCUAAAGGAAACUAAUUUAUUCAGGUUAGGGGCGCUUGAUUAACAUCUUUAAAAUCUUAAAAGGAGCUGGCAAAAAUAACCUGUAACUGAUGGUUUAAGCACAGCACAGAAACCAGGACCAGAGUACACUGUAGUAAAUUCAGUGGAUAUACAAUUAGGAGAGGGUAGGAGACAGUGGUGAGGGUAUAGGAUGGGCUGUCUAGCCUUGUUGUUGAUGCUGAAUAAUUGGGAUCCUUUAAGAACUGAUUUGUUUUUAGAUUAAUCUACUAGGAACCAGACGAGAAUUAACAAAAUGGCCUUUCUUUUGUUCUUAAAGCAGAACUGAAAUUGAUGUUGCUAGUGCAAUUAGAGGUAAGAGGAUGAAUUUCAAUGUCAUCUAGUGUUUGCAUAUAACAGUUAAUCUAAUAAACAGUAUCAACUCUUCAAA